GGCAGCUUUUUUUUGCUGAUAUCUAUGAAGAAAAUCCACUGAUUCACUCGACUGUCUCCCUGUGUCUUUCGCAUCUUUUCAGGCUCCCAUGUCAUUUUCCAGGAAGGAAAAUGCUUUUCACCAUUCCAAUCAGUGUUGAAGAAAGGGUCUGAAAUGGCGCCGCCACCUAACAUCCUGACUCUCGCCGCCCUCUUUCUCUCCCUCCUCACCCUUACCUCUGCCGCCGGGUCAGCACCCAACGGCACCGUUCUCGUCAGAGGAAACUCCACGAUCCUGAGCGAAAACGGAACGUUCCGCCUCGGCUUCUUCAGCACCAACAACGACCUCAACUGCUACUUGGGCAUCUGGUUCGCUUCCGUCCCAACCAAGACCUUCGUCUGGGUCGCCAAUCGCGAGAACCCGACCAGAAACCUCGGAACCUCGUCGUUUGAGCUCACCGGGUCGGGUCGGUUGGCGGUGAAGGAAUCCGAGAACCGAACGGUCUGGCAGAGCACGAGCGGCGAGUUCUCGACGGACGCGAGGUUUCUGGACAAUGGGAAUCUGGUUCUGCUCACCCGCGAGGGCACGGUCGCCUGGCAAAGCUUCGAUCAUCCGACGGACACGUGGCUGCCGGGCAUGAACCUCACGAGGGACCUGUUCCUGACCUCCUGGCGGAGCUUAUUCGACCCAUCGCCGGGCUUGUAUUCUCUGCGGCUAAAUCCACUGGACUACGGUGAGUUCGAGCUCGUCUAUAACGCCACGAACACUUACUGGAGCACCGGGAAGUGGACCGGCGAGGCAUUCUCUAACGUCCCACAGAUGACCGUACCGUACAUUUAUCACUUCCGGUUCGAGGACCCGUUCACUCCGACGGCGUCGUUUGGGUUCACAUUGAGGCCGUUGGACCCCGGGUCGGCCCCGCCGCUGUCCCGGUUCAAGAUGGACUACACGGGCCAAUUGCAGCAGUUCACGUGGUCGCCGCAGACCGAGAGCUGGAACAGGUUCUGGUCGCAGCCGGAGAGCAUGUGCCGCGUGUACCGCCUGUGCGGGAGCUUCGGUGUCUGCGACAGCACGGGACCGAGGCCCUGCGAGUGCCUCCCUCUCCCAGGGUUCCAGCCCGUGAACGACGUCGCAUGGGAGUCCGAGGACUACUCCGGCGGGUGUCGCCGUGAGAGUACGUGCGAUGGGAAUGACAGGUUUGAGAAGGUCGGUGCGGUGUCUUUUGACGGGGCCGUGGCGCGGUCGUUUUCGAUAGGUGAUCGGAAGGGCUGCGAGAGGGCGUGUUUGGACGAUUGCGCUUGCUUUGGGUUGUACUACGACGAGAGGAGUAGGCUGUGCAAGAAUUUGAACGGAUCGCUCUUGAAUCUCCGGAAUUUGAGUGGUAGUGUAGGUGGUGGAGAAGAAGAUAUAUUGCACGUGAGAGUGGCAAGAGGAGGAGGAGGGAGAAAAGGAUUGAGUCUUGUGGGUUUGGUUGUUGGCGGUGUUGGGUCGGUUUUGGUAUUGGGAAUUAUAGGCCCAACGGUGUUGGUUUUGAUUAUGAGGAAAAGAAAGAAGAGGAAGAAUGGGGUAGAUGAAGAUGGUGGUUUUCCGGUCUUGAAUCUCAAGGUUUUUUCUUACAAAGAGCUCCAUUUAGCGACUCGGGGUUUCUCGGAGAAGAUCGGGCACGGUGGGUUUGGGACGGUGUUUCAGGGAGAGUUGCUGGGUUCCUCCACUCGCGUAGCAGUGAAACGCCUGGAGAGGCCAGGCGGAGGAGAGAGAGAGUUCCGGGCGGAGGUGUGCACCAUUGGGAACAUUCAGCAUCUCAAUCUCGUCAGACUCAGAGGCUUCUGCUCCGAAAACUCUCAUAGACUCUUGGUUUACGAUUACAUGCCUAAUGGUCCCUUGAGUGCGUAUCUCCGCCGAGAGGGGCCUAAUUUGAACUGGGAUGUCAGGAUUCGGGUGGCAGUUGGUACCGCCAAAGGAAUUGCAUAUUUACACGAGGAAUGCAGAGAUUGUAUCAUUCACUGCGAUAUUAAGCCCGAAAAUGUAUUGCUUGAUGGUGAUUUUACGGCCAAGGUGUCCGAUUUCGGCCUCGCUAAGCUGAUGGGCAGAGACUUCAGCAGGGUAUUAGCCACGAUGAGGGGUACAUGGGGCUAUGUUGCUCCAGAGUGGAUCUCCGGGGUCGAAAUUACCACCAAAGCUGAUGUUUAUAGCUACGGAAUGACUUUGUUGGAAUUGAUGGGCGGCCGUAGGAACGUAGAGGCGCCGCCAUCAGGCAGAGAGGGUGGUGGAGCAGGGGGUGCAGGGGGGGAGAAGUGGUUCUUUCCUCCCUGGGCGGCGCAGCAGAUUGUCGAGGGCAAUGUCGGGGCAGUAGUUGAUAGUAGGCUCGGCGGCGCUUACGAUAUUGAGGAGGCUAAGCGUGUCGGGUUGGUGGCGGUGUGGUGCAUACAGGAUGACGAGGCAAUGAGGCCAAGGAUGGGGAUGGUAGUGAAAAUGUUGGAGGGUGUGGUGGAAGUGACCGUUCCUCCGGUGCCCAAAUUGUUACAAGCACUUGUUUCGGGGGAGUCUUUUUGCGGCGUUAGGGCCGAUUCUGGCAAUGGGGUGUCCACCGGCUUUUAUGGUGACAAUGUGGCAGCUGUGUCAAGUGGUGUUUCAGAAUCAUCUCUUGGAGCUGUCUCUUCCCCAGUGAAUGAGAAUAUGAAUAUGCCUAGAACUAAUUAACCAAAGUGUGGUUCUUUGCUUGCUGCAUCCUCUACUCAAAGACUGCUAUUUACAUGUAAAAUUAAACUACCAGAAGCGAUCUUUUUGUAGGAGGUGUUCUGGAUGUAAAGCGAGAUGUUGCCGUUGGGAAAAUUUUGCUUUUGAAAAUAGAGUUCACAAGAUUCAGAGGACCAGUUUAAUUUAUCUUCAGAUGAUAUAUGGCAAUUAUGUCUCACUUUUCCUUUUCAA